AGUUUGUAUCUGCAGGUUUAGCGCCACUCUGCUGGCUGAGGCUGCGGAGAGUGUGCGGCUCCAGGUGGGCUCACGCGAUGAGAAAACAGGUUUAGAGAAGUUGUGAUCUACCUAAAGUCAUGCACAGUUUCACUCAAGUGUCUGACUCCAGAUCUGCUUGCCUCUAAUCUCUCAUAGCAACUUGUUGACACAUUUUCUCCAGUUGUCCUGUCUUGCUUAAAAAGCUGUGGGGAAGACUCAGCCUGGCUCAGGUAGUAUCAGACCAGCAGUCCCUGGAGCGGCAUACUCAGUUUUGGCAUUACCUUCCUGGUCGUGAUGUCUCGGGAGUCGGAUGUUGAGGCUCAGCAGUCCCAUGGCAGCAGUGCCUGUUCACAGCCCCAUGGCAGCAUUACCCAGUCCCAAGGCUCCUCCUCACAGUCCCAGGGCAUAUCCAGCUCCUCUACCAGCACGAUGCCAAACUCCAGCCAGUCCUCUCACUCCAGCUCUGGGACACUGAGCUCCUUAGAGACAGUGUCCACUCAGGAACUCUAUUCUAUUCCUGAGGACCAAGAACCUGAGGACCAAGAACCUGAGGAGCCUACCCCUGCCCCCUGGGCUCGAUUAUGGGCCCUUCAGGAUGGAUUUGCCAAUCUUGAAUGUGUGAAUGACAACUACUGGUUUGGGAGGGACAAAAGCUGUGAAUAUUGCUUUGAUGAACCACUGCUGAAAAGAACAGAUAAAUACCGGACAUAUAGCAAGAAACACUUUCGGAUUUUCAGGGAAGUGGGUCCUAAAAACUCUUACAUUGCAUACAUAGAAGAUCACAGUGGCAAUGGAACCUUUGUAAAUACAGAGCUUGUAGGGAAAGGAAAACGCCGUCCUUUGAAUAACAAUUCUGAAAUUGCACUGUCACUAAGCAGAAAUAAAGUUUUUGUCUUUUUUGAUCUGACUGUAGAUGAUCAGUCAGUUUAUCCUAAGGCAUUAAGAGAUGAAUACAUCAUGUCAAAAACUCUUGGAAGUGGUGCCUGUGGAGAGGUAAAGCUGGCUUUCGAGAGGAAAACAUGUAAGAAAGUAGCCAUAAAGAUCAUCAGCAAAAGGAAGUUUGCUAUUGGUUCAGCAAGAGAGACAGACCCAGCUCUCAAUGUUGAAACAGAAAUAGAAAUUUUGAAAAAGCUAAAUCAUCCUUGCAUCAUCAAGAUUAAAAACUUUUUUGAUGCAGAAGAUUAUUAUAUUGUUUUGGAAUUGAUGGAAGGGGGAGAGCUGUUUGACAAAGUGGUGGGGAAUAAACGCCUGAAAGAAGCUACCUGCAAGCUCUAUUUUUACCAGAUGCUCUUGGCUGUGCAGUACCUUCAUGAAAACGGUAUUAUACACCGUGACUUAAAGCCAGAGAAUGUUUUACUGUCAUCUCAAGAAGAGGACUGUCUUAUAAAGAUUACUGAUUUUGGGCACUCCAAGAUUUUGGGAGAGACCUCUCUCAUGAGAACCUUAUGUGGAACCCCCACCUACUUGGCUCCUGAAGUUCUUGUUUCUGUUGGGACUGCUGGGUAUAACCGUGCUGUGGACUGCUGGAGUUUAGGAGUUAUUCUUUUUAUCUGCCUUAGUGGGUAUCCACCUUUCUCUGAGCAUAGGACUCAAGUGUCACUGAAGGAUCAGAUCACCAGUGGAAAAUACAACUUCAUUCCUGAAGUCUGGGCCGAAGUCUCAGAGAAAGCUCUGGACCUUGUCAAGAAGUUGUUGGUAGUGGAUCCAAAGGCACGUUUUACGACAGAAGAAGCCUUAAGACACCCAUGGCUUCAGGUUCUCGUUCUGUCACCCUGGCUGGAAUGCAGUGGCGCGAUCUCAGCUCACUGCAACCUCUGCCCCCUGGGUUCAAGUGAUUCUCCUGCCUCAGCCUCCCAAGUAGCUGGGAUUACAGGUGCAUGCUACCACGCCCAGCUACUUUUUGUAUUUUUUGUAGAGAUGGGGUUUCGCCGUGUUGGCCAGGCUACAACCUUUUUGAUAUUACUCAUGGCUGUUGGAUGUACAAGCUCACUUUAUGUCCUGUUCUGGUUCCACUUGGCUGCCCUGAGUCUCCAGUUUGGCCUGUGUUCUUCUGAGUGCUUGUUCUGGCUCUACCCCCAGCCAUGUCCACCACUCUUCAUAGGUGGGGUGCAUUCCAGCCAUCUUCAACCUUAAAUCAGAGAAGUGGGGGAGGGGGAGGAGAGCAGCCUCCCUGGGGAGAAUCCAGCUAUUUCUCAAGCCCAAGUGACUGGGUAUAAAGGGUCCCACUGCUUGUUCAUUCAGGUGAGUAAAUGUGUCCUUAGUGAAGGCUGUCACCUGCACCUUUCAUCUGUAUUACCGCUGUGCUCCUGCUAGGGGUUAGGGCUGCCAUUAUUAAAUACUGAACUCAUUUGGAACUGCCAAGAGUUGGAAGUACAUUGUGGCUUUGCUGGGUUAAUCUUUAGUUUUGGAAUUAGCUACGGCAUUGGGCAGGUUUUUCUGAUAGAUGUCUGGUCUUCUGUAACGAGCAGUUCCAUUCAGCACAGCCAUGCCCCUUUCUAUUAAUUUUCUUUUGGUCUGUGUAUUAGUCUGUUCUCACACUGCUAUAAAGAACUGCCCAAGACUGGGUAAUUUAUAAAGAAAA